UUUCAGAAUGGGGAAAGCCAACAGUUAUCGCGCCUUGAAAACAACGUGGAUUGCUUUGAGAAUCUUAGGCUUGGAUCCACCUGAAAGAUACAAAACUCUGUAUCAAGUAUAUUCGGUUUUCCUCAACUUCACUGUAACGUUCUAUUAUCCGUUCUCGAUGUUCAUCAACAUGUUCCUACUCGAUACGAAAAAGGAAGUUGUAUCUAAUUUAACUCUAACUUUAUGUGUGCUUAUCUGUAGCAUCAAAAUGUUCAACAAUUUCACGAAACAAAAGGAGCUGCGGAAAAUUCGUGAAUAUUUGACGAAGCUUGAUGCGGAUGUGAAAGUUGUAGCUGACGAGGAAUAUUUGGAGUACAUAGUGAAAGUGUCGUUUCAAUAUUUUGCUUUAUAUGCAUCAAUGUACGGAUUAGUUGCGGCGACUUGUGAACUUCCGGUGAUGUUUGCACCAGAAAGGCGACUCCUUUAUCCAGCAUGGUUUCCUUGGGAUUGGAAAAAAUCCACUCGGACUUAUAUUGUACUUCACCUUUAUCAACUUAUUGGAAUUUGCAUUCAAAUCUACCAGAACCUCCUCAAUGACACCUUCCCUGGUAUACUCAUGUGGCUACUCAAAGGACAUUUACAUGUACUGAAAUCCAGGAUUGAGAGGCUUGGCUAUGAUAGAAAUUUAUCUGCUGAUGAGAACUACAAUGAAUUAGUGGCUUGCAUUGAACGCCAUAAGCUUUGCUUGGAAUUUCGAAAACUUUGUGAAAACUUAAUUUCAAGCGUGUUGGUAAUUCAAUUCAUCUGCACGGAAGUCACUUUAUGCAUGACAGCAAUUUAUAUUUUCUUCGUUGGGGACAAUCUGAUGGAGGUUGUCUACCUUUCUUGCUAUUUCAUAAGUAUGAUCCUCGAAAUAACCCUUUGUUGCUAUUGUGGAAGCGAAAUGGUUGAGGAGAGUUAUCACUUCACAACAGGCUUGUAUCAAUGCAAUUGGAUGGAUCAAAAUUUAAAAUUUCGCAAAGUAUUAAUAAUUUUUAUGCAACAUUCGCAAAAGCCAUGGACUAUCUUUGCGGGAGGCGUUAUAAGUGUAACCCUUUCGACUUGGAUGACUGUACUUAAAUCAGCCUACUCCUUGUUUGCUGUUUUGAAUCGGGUGGCUUAGGACAACGUAGUAGCUCGUACAGUUAAAAUACAGAAAUUCGGCAUAGAUAUUUAAUGAAUAAAAGCAUCACCUACUGAACAACGUGGUUGACUAGCCAUGGCUUUUUAAAGUAAAUUACUAAUAAAACAUACUUUGAGGAAUUUAUUCACUUCACUCGUUGCUUGCGCUAUUUUCUAGGCUGUUAGGGAUUUAAUAUGGUUUUUUCAUUAAUAACUAAUUUCUCUUUAGUCUGCUGGCAAAAAACGAUAAAUUAUUGAUAUUGCAGAAUAAGGACUUUUUCAAUUACUCUAGAUUAUUAUUAUCAAUUUGUAUUUGCACAAAUUUGGUGUGAUUGUAGAAAAAUAGUAAUAAAGACUUGUAAA